UGAACUUACAACAUGCGGUUGGUGGGUUGGGUGUAGCCCGUCAACCCAACACUGAACAUCCACUCACCUACACCACUCAAACUUAUUGACAGACUUAACCAUGGCUGGAGAUCAGAAGCACGUGGAGUGUAAGAUUGGCCCCUCAAUCUUAAAUGCUGACCUGUCAAACUUACAUGAGGCCUGUAUUAAGAUGAUGGACUCUGGGGCUGACUAUCUUCAUCUGGAUGUGAUGGAUGGACACUUUGUCCCAAACCUCACCUUUGGCCAUCCUUUGGUUAAAUGCCUACGGUCAAAAGUUCCUAAGGCAUUUUUUGAUAUGCAUAUGAUGGUGGCAAAUCCUGAGAAGUGGGUUGAUCCGAUGGCUGAUGCGGGAGCUGACCAGUACACAUUUCACAUUGAAGCUACUGAAGAUGCUCCUUCCUUGGCUCGCAAAAUCAAAGAAGCAGGGAUGAAGGUUGGCAUAGGAAUUAAACCAGGCACAUCAGUAGAUGCAGUAGUGCCUUACGCUGACUUGGCAGACAUGAUCCUUGUGAUGACGGUAGAACCUGGCUUCGGAGGGCAGAAAUUUAUGAGCGAUAUGAUGCCAAAAGUUAAAUAUCUUCGACAGAAGUUUCCUGACAUGGAUAUAGAAGUGGAUGGGGGUGUUGGACCUGCGACUAUUGAUGCCUGUGCUCAGGCUGGUGCAAACAUGAUUGUGUCUGGAAGUGCUGUUGUAAAUGCUGAAGACCCUAAAACUGUCAUUUCAUUGUUGCGGCAAUCUGUUGUGAAAGCUCUGUAAGAAACCGUUUACAGUAUAGUCCUGAUGCAAAGAAUCCAUAUCUGUGACUGAGUCACAGGCAUUUUUGGCACUGGCAGUGCCAAGCAUUUUUGUUUAACUGUUCUUACUUUUAUUUACAGUAUUAUUUUUGUAAAGUGAUUGAGUUUUUUUUUUAUAGGAUUUUGUGUAGUUUUUUAUUCCACUGGUUAGAGAUAAAUAGUAUGAUAUGCUGGUUCAAGAUCACUAUUUUUUCCCUAGUCGUUAAUGAAUAUUCACUGUAUUAGCUUGUGGUAGUUCCUAAAACUAUAAGUUAUUUAUGUAUCUGUUAACAUAUGAAUUAUAAGAAAGCUAUGCAUUUAAUAACUUAGGAAAAAUGUAUUUCUCCUUUCUUUCAACAAACCGGCCAUAUCCCACCAAGUCUGGGUGGCCCAAAAAGAAAAACAAAAGUUUAUCUUUAUAACUUUAGUAAUGUAUACAGGAGAAAGGGUUACUCUCCCCUUGCUUCCGGCAUUUCAGUUGCCGCUUACGACACGCAUGGCUUAUGGAGGAAUAAUUCUAUUCCACUUCCCCAUGGAGAUAAGCGGAAAUAAACAAGAACAAGAACUAAUAAGAAGAUAGAAGAAAACUCAGAGGGGUGUGUAUAUAUAUGUUUGUACAUGUACUUUUUUUUUUUCAACAAACUGGCCGUAUCCCACCGAGGCAGGGUGGCCCAAAAAGAAAAGCAAAAGUUUCUCUUUGUAAAUUUAGUAAUCUAUACAGGAGAAGGGGUUACUGGCCCCUUGCUCCCGGCAUUUUAGUCGCCUCUUACAACACGCAUGGCUUACGGAGGAAGAAUUCUCUUCCACUUCCCCAUGGAGAUAAGAGGAAAUAAACAAGAACAAGAACUAGAAAGAAAAUAUGUAGAAGAAAACCCAAAGGAGUGUGUACAUAUAUGCUUCUACAUGUAUGUGUAGUGUGACCUAAGUGUAAGUAGAAGUAGCAAGACGUACCUGAAAUCUUGCAUGUUUAUGAGACAGAGAAAAGACACCAACAAUCCUACCAUCAUGUAAAACAAUUGCAGGCUUCCAUUUUACACUCACUUGGCAGGAUAGUAGUACCUCGCUGGGCGGUUGCUGUUUAACAACCUUGGGCAAAAUGUAUUUACUUACGCUAAAUAAUUGUAACAUAAUUUUGUUGGAGAUUUAUAAAAAAAUUAUAAAUUUACUUAUAAAAUAUUUAAAAUAAUAAUAGUUUACAAAUGUUCAAUUUAGAUUUGAAGUAAGGGUGAACAUAAUCAGGUUAGAAUCAAAGGUAACAAAAACCAAAUGUACUGCAGUAACAGUUCUUGAAAUCACAUUGAUUUUAAAUUUUGUAAUAAAAAUAUGAUAUCCUUAGGAUGAAUUUAUUAUGAUUAAUACCCUUUGCAAUAUAGAUUAACGUGAUGUUUAAAUUUAAUUAAUAUAUCUUUUGAUAAUGGACAAAUAUUGUAUGCCUUGGUGGGAGACUGCCGAAAUGUUAAAAAAAAAAAAUGUAAUACUUGCAAAUUCAGUUGUUCUUGGUGUUAUUUCUAACUCCUUGAGAGGUAAUUGAGGGUUUUUCACAUUACUCCUUUUUUUUCCUGAUCACUAAUUGUUUCCCACAAAGGCUGAGCAACAUAAAAAGAAGGAAACAUUCACAUGUAUUCAUUAUUUGAUAUGUGAUUUUGUUCAUUUUUCUUAAAUUUCUGAUUAAAAUUUGAAAUGCAUUUGUUAUCUGAAAGAAAGCUGUUUUUAUGUUUUAAAUAUUUUCACUGGUACACUGUGAUUAAUUGUUACUUUUGAACUCAUGGCCUACAUGAAGAGUACUGACUGAACAAAUUAUGAAUGCUUCUGUAAAUAUUUUUAGAUUGUUUCCCUAACAAGUUUCAAAUUAAAACAUUAUUUCAAACCUUUUUCAACACCCAUUAAACUGAUAAAAUCUUUUCAAGAGCCACUGAAAUGAUUAAAGCAAAUGCUGUUGUUACACAUCAUCAUUUAAGGUGCAGGUUUAAGUUUGUUCAAAUGACUUGAUUUUGUACAAGAGAACACAGUGUUUGUUUUCAGUAGCAAGAAAAAUGUAAAAACAUGAAAUGUAAUUUAUCAGUAACCACCAAAUCAAUACCAUAAUUGCUCAGUGUGAUUACUUGAUGGAAUGGACCAUAUUGAAAUUUACUUUAGGUAUCCUAAGUUUUUAGGUAUCAAAGUUUUUUGACAUAAGAGAAAUAUUAACAGAUAGCAAAAAUGUAUCCUGGAACAUCUCUGUACCACUGAAAUCUGCUUAGGUCUAGGCACAGUCUUUAACAGAAAGGCACAGAGAGGCACUUCUCUGUCCAGGUUAAUUGCUAUUUUCCUGACUUCACCCAGGUUGAAGGUGUCCCUCAAGGCUGUGUUCUUAGCACUACCCUCUUUCUGCUUCCUAUUUAAGACCUUACCUCUGUUCUUCCUUCCAGUAUUUAGUCAUCUCUUGGUCAACAGUUUUGCUGUAGCUUGUGCAGGCAUGCACUGUACAAACUACAGCUGCACAAGCUAUUGAUUGUGCUUCCCUCUUUGACACCUCUCAUGAGUUUAAAUUUUCUGUUCUUAAUUAAAACUCAUCAGUUUACUUUCAGAAGAUGUCCUGUUUUCCCUCAAACAGUUCAGUACCUGUAUAGUUCCCAUAUCUCUGAACAGGAUACAGCUAAAUUUCUCAGCCUUCCGUUUGAUUGCUGACUCUCCAGGAAGCCUCUUAUAACCUUGAAAACUGCUUAUCAUAGCUGCUUGAGCCUCCUUAAAACUCUAGCUCACCUUUCUUGAUGGAGCUGAUAUACACUCCCUUCUUCACCUUCAUUCCAUCCUAAUCUUAUUUAAACUAAGCUUCAAUGACCACCUAUACACUUCAUCUUUCCCUAUUUGUCAUAAUGGGUUAUGUUUGUGUCUAGAUUUUCUGUUCAUCCUCCAAUUGUGAGCCUAUAUGAAGAAUUAACAUAUCAUCUUAGUAAGAUUGGCACAAUGACCAUGGUCUUUGUUAUUUUUGUCUGUUCUCACGAAAUUCAUGAUUCCCCCUAUAUGGAAUGGUAAAGGACGUUAGAAAGGCUUCUCUGUUUGUCACCCUAAUUUACUCUGCCCUUUUCGUCACUAUGUUCAUUCUCUCUUGGCUUCCCUUAAUUUACCUCCCUUCUAGGUCCACCCUGCAUCUUACUUUCCCCUCCCUCCUUAGAAAGUCCCAAUUAUUCGUGCUGACUCUUCCUUAUUUCCAAGUGCGAAAGUUCACUUGCCUUCAUUAACAACACUCAUUCUUAAUCAUUUCCAUUAUCAGUCUCAUGUUAUUGCAGUGUACACUGAUGGUUCUAAAUCCCCUGAUGGUGACAGUUUUUCCUGACAGAAUCAUCCAAGGUCAUUUACUAGACUCAGCCAGCUUUUUCAUAUUCAUCCUUUCACACAUUGCUACCUGUUGCACUGUAUGACAUUUCCGGGUUUGGCACUUAAUUUUAUUAUAUUAUUAUUAUAGUAAUUUAAAUAGUAUGUGCACCUUUUACUGCCCAAAGCCCAAAAAUUAAAAUUGUUCUCAUUGUCCAUAUUAAAAAAAAAAAAUUCUUAUCAAUUAAACAAGUACAUUUUUAUGAUGGUAAUAAAACAAAAAAAUUCCUGUUAGUAUUUGCCAAGAUAAAGUGCUGCACACUUAACAUUUUUCUGUUUUUAUAUUUUCUUUGAGAUUUUCUAAUUUUUUACAUUUUUCCAGUAAUUUUUGUGGCCCAUGUGACCCAUAUCAUGCACAAUAUACACCCACCCACCUGUUGCAUGCAACACAAUAUCUGCACUAAUAGUGUCAUAUGUAAAUUGUUUACAGAACAUGUUUACACAACAACACACACACACACAGUUACAAAUGUUUCACAUUACUAUUGUUCUAGCAUUCAUGUACACACAUGCUAGCACUGGUCAUGUUCCCAGAGCUGUGGAAGUCCUUGAAACAUGACUCUAUACACAGUGGUGUUUACUCACUUUACAUAAAGUAUCUCUCUCGGCUUUGGCGGGGCCUUUUGUGCACGGACAUAGCAUCUCCUCUGAGCCUAUUUCUUCUUUUCUGUAGCAGGAAGUGUUGUUAGGAAGUGAUCACCAAACUUCAAACAAAAGGGUAUUCGGUGAUCAUCUGGCAGCGAUAUUUCCAGCAUUCUGAGUGUCACUUUUGGUCAUUAUAUGUUUGAAACCAAAGAACUCAUCAAUGGUUCCAUAAUUCUCAUUGUUAGAGCUGUCACUGGGGAAUAAAACUCGUUCAGUUCACAGUGCGACUGCAGAGGCUCCAAUUUUUUUGUAUACUGUUCACACUACCACACAAACCUGUUCUUUCCUAUGUAGGCUUAUCAGGUCUCUCGCACCAAAUUUGAAGCCACUAGAAUUUUUGCGUAAAACUAUUUGAGGGACUCUGGCAUCAGUAACAGAUCUACAUGACAGCCACUGAAAGAGUUAAUUAAUGAUUGGAUAAGAUAUUAAGCAGUCUGAAAUAUAUGAUUUUAGUGGAAUUUUUAUAAAUGUUUAUUAUAAAAAUUUUAGUAUGUAGAAUGUAUUUGCUGUAAAUUAUUGGUUUAGUUGGAAUGUUAGUUAGAUUCCCAUCAGAUAUGUAAAACAAAGCUCAUCUUGCUGAAAUUUAGUUACUAUAUUCUAUGUUUGUUAAGUAAUAUUACCAGGCUUCUUGUAUUUUUCUAUUGGUAAAAAAAUAAUGGUAUCUAUCAUUAAUAUUACAUAAGAUAGAAUAGUCAAACCGUUGGCAAGUGUCUUGCAUCCUGUGAUCUCUGUACCCAGUAAUAGUUGGUGACCUGAAUGCCUGUUAGUCGAAGGAUAAUGUUCAGGGGGUUGAUGGUUAGUCUGUAUAUUCAUUGGCAAGUUGUCCCAGCCUUCAUGUGUUGUUCCUUGAUGCUGGAACAUACAGCUUGCUACAUUGAGUAUCGAUUAUUAUUAGCAGCAACUUUCAUAUUAAACUGAACUCUAAGUGGGUAACAUUACAGCUGAAUAACCAAGACUCAGAAGGACUAAUAAAUAGCUUGUGAUAAAAGCCAUGACCCGUAAAGUAUUUCUUCAUGCUUUUGGUAGUUUAAUAUUGACCAGGCAUUUAGUAAUGUUAAGGUGGCUUGACAUGCAAAAAUAUGUAUUAGUGAUAACUUGCUUUUUUUAGGCGUAAUAUAUAAAAACAGAAUCAUUAUACAGAGUAAAUUUGCCAUGCAAGCCUAAUCAAAGGUAGUUAGGAAAUCUAAUAUGUGAAUUUAUAUUUGAGAGGAUAAUAGUACUUGUAUAAUAAUUUAUUGAACCAGUGCUAAAACAUUCCAUUCCUAACUUCAGUUUUUAUGCUGUAUUUGUUGAAAGAACAUUAAAAUAAAAUUUUAUUUAUU